AUGAACGCGGAUAUCACUAUGGAUUUGGACAGUGUUACAACACGUAAGCGCAGACGAAUCCCAAUACUUCCAAGUGAGCUUGGCAGUAUUGGAGACUGGGCACAGGUCAUGCGCCAAAUCAGGGAUUUCUUCGAGACGCACCAGCAACGCUACAGAGAGGAGGUUUCUGAGCUGAAACGGUGUAUGGACCUUGAGCGCAAGGCCUACCAUACUCGCGAGAACACUCUAGAGGACUAUAUCAAACUGCUUGAGCGGCAAGUCGACGCAGCUAUUAAAUCUGAUGACGAUUACAGGAAAGAGUGGGUAGAGCUUCAGCAAAGUCUGACAAAGACGAGGAUGCAGCUUGAGAAGUCCGACAGGGUACUGGAGGUUAUUCAAAUCUUUCUGUCUGUUGCUGUUCCUGACUACCAGCCUAACUUUGUGCACCUUCUCGAAGAUGUCACACAGGCUCGAGACUUGAUUGAGCAGAGACUGCAAGCCACAAAUUGA